CUAGGUGACAGUAAGUUUUCGGUCGUGUCGCGUGUCGUGCGUACCGUAUCCGUGCGUUCGUGAUGACCAGGUGGUGGAUGGUGAUGUUGAUGGCGGCAGGAGCGGCGGCCGCCGGGAGCAGGCUGCCUCGCACCUCGCAGUCCGCUCCCCCGCAGCAAUCCUCUGCCGCACCCCGCUUGCCGCAGAGGAAUCUAACCCUAGCGUCCAGGUCUACUGUUAGAAACAGAGAACAGUACAUCUUCAACGUUUUCGAAGUGAUAGUGAGCACAUUAGAAACUAAGCUACAAAGAAUAGAGAAUCUAGAUAAAGCAGUGGAACAUCUCAUGAGACGAGUUGAAGCUUUAGAUUCGAGAGUUAAUGACAACAUUCUGAAAACUGAUGCAAUAAUAUCAAAAUUAGGAAAUCUUGAUUUGAAACUAUUUAGUCAUAUCGGACAGGAACAAGAGGAAGGAUUCACAGAAAAUACUACGAACAAACGCAACGAAAAGAAAAUAAGUGACGCUCAGCUGCUUGACCGGAAACUAGAAUCACUGGAUCAAAAAGUUUCUGACAUAGAUACCAAGCUCGUCGGACUCAAAAAUCAAAUAGAUAACAACUUCUUACCCGUCGAUGACAUCAACGCAGAGGCAAGUGAGAGAAAACCGAUAAACUUAAACGUAAUCGAAAUCGCCAAAGGCCUAAACACAGAAGUUGUGAACGAGAUAACCAAGGAAGUCGAUCAACUAAGAUCAUCGGUAUCAACUGUUGAUCGCAAAUUGCAAUUCCACAUCAACCUCGUUUCUGAAAACUUAGGUAAAGUACUUUAUAUGAUGGCAGAUGUGCACGCAGCAAUAGUUGAGCCUGAAGCUGCAUCAAUAAACGUUAACAGCUUGUUUAAAAACAGAACAGCGAGUAGCACCCCCUCGCCGGUCACUAAAAGCAGUAAGAUCGAUACGCUUGUCAAUAAAAUAAUACCGAUGAUGAGUGUCUCCGAAAAAAUGGACGAAGUUUGGGAUGUGGUGGUUGGAACGAAGAGCUCUGUUGAUGAUUUGGUACCGAAAUCAGACGAACUACUCACGCAAACCCAACGACAAGAAAGGGCUAUAGGACAGAUACAUAACGAUUUGAGAGUUAAAACCAAUCUUAUAAUAGAAAACCUAGACAUGGUAGAAAAACGUUUAAAAAAACAAGAAGAUGAUGUAGCAACCCUAGCUCAACGCCCAGUCCCUGCCGAAUUGUUGCUGGAUCCGACCAUAGACCGACUAGUGGAAUAUGCACCGAACAGAUACAGGGUGGAAGAACCCUCCACGGAUCCCACAACGAUCACAGUCUCCGCGACGACUAUGCCGCCCUUCUCUACAAUCAAUAACAGCCCGAGCAGUCCGAGUGGCUCUAGCACGAGUCCCAGUGCCACUUCGACCCCGGCCAGCACAGGCGCCGCCACAACCGUCCCUAUCGGCGGCAGUACCACGCCGCGGCUCGCAACGCGCAAAGGAGGCAUUAUCUUCCCCAGUGUCAAGAAUAAACCCAUCAUCGGCAAUAACACUUUCGCUUCGGAGAUCGUUGCCAACUAUAAAGACGUGAAAGGCUAUUCGUGCGUAGAUCUUCUUAACGCCGGCAUGAGAGAAUCAGGAGUUUAUUACUUACAAAUCAGGGGCACAACAUAUUGGUUCCUGAAAGUAUUUUGUGAGCAAAAUGUUGCCGACGGAGGUUGGACUGUAAUACAUCGUCGUGACGAUUACGGUCAGCCAGCGGAGAAUUUUAAUCGUGAUUGGAGCGAUUAUAAGAACGGCUUCGGUGACCCGAGCAAAGAGUUUUGGCUCGGCAACGAAAACAUCUACAUGCUGACCAACAAUGACGACUACAUGCUCAGAGUCGAACUUGAAGACUUCGAUGGAAACAAAAGAUACGCACAGUAUUCGCACUUCAAGAUAUAUUCCGAAGCGGAAUACUACAAACUGGAGAUUGAAGGGUACGAGGGUACAGCAGGUGACUCUCUCAACGAUCCAUGGUAUGGGUCUAACAACAGCCCCUUCUCCACUUAUAACAGAGACAACGAUAGAUCUUCGCUGAACUGCGCUUCAAUGUUGAAGGGAGGUUGGUGGUGGAAGUCAUGCGGUCGCGGCCUCAAUGGGUUGUACUUGCAUGAUCCACAGGAUCUUACCGCCAGACAAGGCAUAGUAUGGUUCCGCUGGAGAGGUUGGGACUACACCUUGAAGAGAGCGUCCAUGAUGAUCAAGCCCAAAGGCCUGCAGCCUAACACGUGAAGCACGCUGUUGAAUUCAGUAUUUUCUAGGAUUUUCGCGAACUGUAGGCAUUAUCAAAAACAGUUUUACGUUUUAACUUUUUAUAUCUACAAACAUGAUGCACAGCAGAUACGUAAAGCAUAAAAAUAUUAUUGUUUAUAUUAUUAUACUUACGAAGCUGCUAGUACAAUAACAGUAAUAUCUUCAGAUGCCGGGCGUUUGGUAGAUGUGUUUACUCAUCUGCUAUAUACGAUGCCCGUGGAUCUGAAUAUAACUCUAAUCUCGUGUCUAUUUCAUUCAUUUUUUUUUUAAGUUUCAAUUGCUGAAAUAUAUUCCGUUUUCGCUACCGAUGUCCACAGACUAUACAUAGCCAGACGCGAGAUUAAAACUGAAGUAUUUUUAAUGACCGCGCCGAUAACGUUUAAAUUCAACCGGUCAUUUCGAAUUAACUGGAUUCGAAUAUAAUCCUGCAGCUUACUUUAAUAUAAUAAAAUUGUGUAUGUUAGUAAUUACAAGAAAAUGACAUUAAACUGUUAUUAUAAUAUUGAAAAUGCUUAAAUUUUAUACAUUUUUUUAUUACUAAGAAUCCGUGUAAUAAAACUGGCGUUGCCAUCGCAACCCCACAAACAUUUAGUAUCCAUCACUGUAAAUAUAUUUCUUCACUAAUCAUUCUAUUCGCUAUACUUUUAUCUUCGUAUUCGAUAUUUGUAAAUAACGAGACGCUAGAAUAUUCUAUCAACGUGCCACAUCAAAACGCAAAUUUCAUUAAUUUAUUAUUCAUUAAAACUUCGAAACAUGAUUGUAUUUCGUUAAUUAGGUUUAUAAUUUAGAUUAUAAGUUAAAAAAUUGUAUUAAGAUGUAAAUAAUAAACUUCACGAGCGAUAUCAGCUCAAAAUGAAAAGACAUUUUGUAUCGAUUAGAAAUUGGUGUGAAGGGAAUGCUACCAUUUAAUAUGUUGUACAUGACACGAGAAGAACAAACAAUUCGAUAUAAAUGCUAGUUUAGAGUACAUAUGUAAGAUUAUAAUUUAGUGUAUCUCUACUACUUCAAACAAAGUACAUUGAUAUUUUGUAAAACAUUUACACUUUCCUACAAAUAUUUAUUAACACAAACACAUCAAAUGUACA